ACAAGAUCGAUUCAACGCCUUGCGCCCUGGACGACUUCACGUCUUUCCUCCACGAACACCCGCCCUUCUUUACUGGUGUCGGGUUCACAACUAGGCCAAUCACAUUAACACCUACCAGCUGAAUGUACUGAGACCGUGCUGCUGAGACCGUGCUGGACACAAAAGCCGACGACGAUGGCGACAGAGGCGGUGGGGAGUCUGCUCGAGCAGCUCCGUGUCGCGGCUCAGGACCUAGGACUAGUCGAUAUCCCGGAGUUUGCAUGGCCGCUCCUCUGGACGGGCCUGGGCGCCCUAGCUCUCCUAUAUCUUGCGCUUCACGAAAACGACCAGCCGAUCCGCUACAACGUCCCUUCGCCCAAGAGGCCCGACAAGGUCGAAAUUCUUGACGAGCCUGCCAUCAAGGCCUCCGGCUCCACCGCCGUUCAGUGCUAUGCCCCCGCGACCGGGCAGUUCCUCGGCCUCGUGAACCCCUCGACACCAAACGACAUCAACCGAGCCAUCGAGCAGGCACAGGCUGCCCAGACAAAAUGGGCUACUACCUCAUUCCGUGAACGCCGCGCCGUUCUGCGUUCCCUACUCCAGUAUGUCCUGGAUAAUCAGGAGGAGAUCUGUCGCGUGGCCUGCCUCGACAGCGGCAAGACCAUGGUGGAUGCGCAGCUGGGGGAGGUCCUCGUGACGGCCGAAAAGCUCCAGUGGACCAUCAAGCACGGCGAAAAAGCCUUGCUCCCUUCGCGGCGGCCGACGAACCUGCUCAUGGCAUACAAGCGCAACACCGUUUACUACGAGCCCUUGGGCGUUGUGGCCGCCCUCGUCAGCUGGAACUACCCCUUCCACAACUUCAUCGGGCCCGUUAUCAGUGCCCUAUUUUCGGGCAACGCAAUCAUGGUCAAGGUCUCGGAACAAACAGCAUGGAGUUCCUCUUUUUUCACCAACAUUGCCCGCGGCGCGCUCAUCGCUCACGGCCACGACCCAGCCCUCGUCCAGACCGUUGUCUGCUGGCCGCAAACAGCAAACCACAUCACCUCCCACCCCGGCAUCUCCCACAUCACCUUCAUCGGUUCCCGCCCCAUCUGCCACAAAGUCGCCGCCUCCGCCGCCAACUCCCUAAUCCCCGUCGUCGCCGAACUCGGCGGCAAAGACGCCUGCAUGAUCCUCGACUCGGUCAGCAAGCGCGACCUCCCGCGCGUCAUCGAGAUCCUCAUGCGCGGCUCCUUCCAGGCCUCGGGCCAGAACUGCAUCGGCAUCGAGCGCAUCGUCGCGACCCCGGCCAUCUACGACCGCCUCGUCUCCAUCCUCGAACCCCGCGUGCGCGCCCUCCGCCUGGGGCCCACCGCCGACAUGGGCGCCAUGAUCUCCGACGCCUCCUUCGCGCGCCUCGAGGGCCUGAUCGCCGACGCCGUCCGGCACGGCGCCCGCCUGCUCGCCGGCGGCAAGCGCUUCAUCCACCCGGACCACCCCAAGGGCCACUACUUCUCCCCGACCCUGCUCGCCGACGUGACCCCGGACAUGGCCAUCGCCAACGAGGAGUGCUUCGCGCCCGUGAUGGUGCUCAUGCGCGCGCCCGCAGCAACCGCCGAGGCGGUGCUGUCGGUGGCCAACGCGCCGCACUUCGGGCUCGGCAGCUCGGUGUUCGGCAGCGAGUCGGACCCGCGCCUCGCGCGCAUCGUGCGCGGCGUGAAAGCCGGCAUGGUCGCCGUCAACGACUUCGGCGCCACCUACGCCGUGCAGCUGCCCUUCGGCGGCGUGGCCGGCUCCGGCUACGGCCGCUUCGCCGGCGACGAAGGCCUGCGCGGCCUGUGCAACCUCAAGGCCGUGUGCGAGGACCGCGCGGCGUGGCUGGGGAUCCGGACGGCGCUGCCGCCCGCCAUGCAGUACCCGGUCAUGGACCAGGAGCGGAGCUGGCGGUUUGCGAGGGGGGUGGUGGAGGUGGGGUAUGGGAUGGGGCUUGUAAGGAAGGUCGGGGGGGUGUUGGGGAUUAUGAAGAAUAGUUAG